CAUGAACUUAUUAACUCCCGGUCAAAACAAACCUUGUCGCUGAUAUAUUCGCUUGUCACUACCACGCCCAGGCAUUUGCGGCUCUGUGAAAAAUAGGAGCACUGGAAUUUGAUCGUCGCGCGCUAAUGUUUGGUAAAUGGGAUUUGAAUACGCUUCAGUAAUUUUUUUUUCUAGGUAGAAGAUAAUCAUGUUGACCCCGAAUGGACGCUGUUGUACUACUUGAGGACUAAUCUCAGAUUAUGUGGAACCAAACUAGGAUGCGGUGAAGGAGGAUGUGGAGCUUGUACGGUCAUGGUAUCCAGAUACGAUAGACAGAAAUGUAGAGUAGUUCACCUACCAGUGAAUGCUUGCUUAGCUCCAAUAUGUGCAAUGCACGGUUUAGCAGUAACCACAGUAGAAGGAAUCGGAUCCACCAAAUCCCGAUUGCAUCCAGUUCAAGAAAGGAUAGCCAAGGCUCACGGAUCACAAUGUGGAUUCUGCACCCCUGGAAUCGUCAUGUCGAUGUACACCCUGCUCAGGAAUUCACCAAAGCCCAGUUUUAAGGAGCUUGAAGUUGCUUUCCAAGGAAACCUUUGCAGAUGUACAGGAUACCGACCAAUAUUGGAGGGCUACAAGACCUUCACAGAAGAAUGGGAGGUAAUCCAAAACGGAAACAGGUUGAUGCAAGCGAAUGGAGGCGCAUGUGGAAUGGGCGACAAAUGCUGCAAGUUACAAAAUGUACCUAAAGCUGAAUCAUCAUCCAAUGAGGAGAAGCUGUUCGAAAAGAGUGAAUUCACACCUUAUCAUCCAUCACAGGAGCCCAUCUUUCCCUCAGAACUGAAACUAGUUGAUACGUUUGAUAGUGAGUACGUUGUUUUUCCCGGAAAGAACGUCACUUGGUACAGACCAACAACCUUGAAGUCACUCCUUCAACUGAAAAAUAAAUUUCCAGAAGCAAAGAUCGUAGUAGGCAACACCGAAGUAGGUAUAGAGAUGAAAUUCAAGCAGAUGGUCUACCCUGUCAUCAUACAACCAACUGUAAUCCCUGAAAUGACCCGAAUCGUUAAAACAGAAAAAGGUGUUGAUAUUGGAGCCUCAGCAGCGUUAAUCGAAGUAGAACAUUUCCUUAGAGAAGUCAUACGAAUUGAACCGGAACACAAGACCAGGAUAUACCAAGGCAUGGUCGAUAUGCUGAACUGGUUCGCGGGGAAGCAGAUCAGAAGCGUAGGAGCUCUGGGGAGUAAUGUUAUGACUGGUAGUCCAAUUUCUGAUAUGAUUCCGACGCUGAUGGCCUGCAAAGUUGUCUUGGAGCUCCAAAGCAUAGAUUCAGGUAUAAGAACUGUAAUCCUGGACAAUAACUUCUUCGUGGGAUACAGGAAAAGUAUAGUCAGACCAGACGAAGUGUUGGUGAAGAUCAAAGUCCCUUUUACAAAAGAAGACGAAUAUUUCUACUCAUUCAAACAAGCUAGAAGAAGAGAAGACGAUAUUGCUAUAGUGAACGCUGCCGUGAAGGUAACUUUCGAAGAAAAAUCUAAUAUCAUUGAAAGCAUUGGUUUCGGUUUUGGAGGUUUGUCAUUCAAAACAGUCACUGCUCCAAAAACGGAACAAACUUUAAAAGGCAUGCCAUGGAACAGGCAUACUCUCGAAAUUGCUUAUUCUUGUCUUUUGGAAGAUCUACCAUUGGAUCCCGGUGCUCCAGGAGGUAUGAUCCAGUACAGAAAAUCGCUCAGCUUAAGCCUAUUCUUCAAAGCCUUCCUGGCUAUAUCACAAAAGCUCCAAAGGUACAUUCCCGACAUGGCCUUAGACGACAGAGAGGUGAGUGGUACCUACGGAUUCCACGGCCAGGAACCCAAAAGUUCCCAGUACUUCACUGUAGUACCCGACACACAAGAAAAACAUGAUGCCUUACAAAGGCCCAUCAUCCACAUGUCCGCUUACAAACAAGCUACGGGGGAGGCACAAUAUGUUGACGAUCUACCAUACAGAGAAGGAGAGUUGUACUGUUCUUUGGUUCUAAGCACCAAAGCUCACGCGAAGAUACUCAACAUCGAUGAGACGGAGGCAUUGAAGAUGGAGGGCGUUCAUGGAUUUGUGUCCGCUAGGGAUAUUAAGAAAGGGCACAACCACUUUGGACCAGUCUUUCAUGACGAGAAGGUUAUAUAUGACGAAGAGGUUACUGCGCAAGGUCAGAUAUUGGGAGUCAUAGUGGCUGAUAAUCAGCUGAUAGCGCAAAAAGCUGCAAAGAAGGUAAAAGUAACCUAUGAAGAUCUUCCAGUAAUUAUAUCAGUCGAGGAUGCGAUUAAGCACAAUUCCUACCUAGAGCACAAACAUAAUAAAAUAGUUCAGGGAGAUGUAGAAGAAGUGUUCAAAACCACACCAUAUGUGCUGGAGGGGGAAUGUAGAAUGGGAGGCCAGGAGCACUUCUAUCUGGAGACGUGCGCAUGUUUGGUGAUUCCCAAGCCAGAAGAUGAUGAGUUGGAAAUAUUUGCAUCGACGCAAAAUCCGACAGAGAUUACGAAAUUGGUAUCAAUGGUCCUGGAUAUCCCCCAAAACAAGGUAGCGACCAAAGUAAAGCGCAUAGGCGGAGGCUUCGGUGGAAAAGAAUCAAGAUGUGCAGCAGUAGUGCUGCCGAUCGUACUGGCGGCCAAAAAGUUCAACAGGCCGAUGAGGUGUAUGCUGGACAGAGACGAAGACAUGUUGGUUACAGGAGGGAGGAACCCUUUCUUCUACAAGUACAAAGUAGCCUUUGAUCAGAGAGGGAAGAUACUUGGUUGCAAAACUGAUCUUUAUGCCAACUGCGGUUACUCAGCUGAUCUUUCAGUAGGGGUGAUCGAUCGCGCGAUGACUCAUGUAGACAAUGCAUAUAAUAUCCCAGCAGUGUGUAUCCAAGGAUAUGCUUGUAAAACGAAUUUGACUUCAAAUACGGCUUUCAGAGGUUUCGGUGGACCACAGGGUAUGUUCCUAUCUGAAACCAUGGUGCAACACAUAGCUGACACGCUUGGCGUUGACCCCAUUCAGGUGAGAGAAAUGAAUCUGUACAAAAAUAAUGAUUUGACAUACUACGGUCAGCAGCUGAGUAACUGCACAAUAGAAAAAUGUUGGAAGGAAUGCGUUGAAUCGUCAAACUAUUACGAGAGGCGGAAGCUUGUCCAGGAAUUCAAUAGGCAAAACCGCUAUAAGAAACGAGGUCUCAGUAUUAUCCCUACAAAGUAUGGAAUCGCUUUCACAGCUACUUUCUUGAAUCAAGGAGGUGCUUUAGUGCUAGUUUACACAGAUGGGUCCGUCCUCAUUUCACAUGGUGGUGUUGAAAUUGGUCAAGGACUUCACACGAAAAUGAUACAGGUUGCCAGUAGGACGCUAGGAAUAUCAGUGGACAAAAUACACAUCAGCGAAACUGCUACAGAUAAAGUACCAAAUGCAUCCCCAACAGCUGCUAGUUCAGCGUCAGAUUUAAACGGAAUGGCUGUUAUGGACGCUUGCACUCAAAUCAAAAAACGAUUGUUGCCGUACAUAGAGGCGCAUCCAGAACUGAAAUGGGAAGAUUGGGUGAAAAAAGCUUAUUUCGACAGAGUUGGCCUAUCAGCAGUAGGAUUUUACAAAACGCCUGGUCUAGAAUUCAACUGGGAUACUAUGCAAGGAAACUUAUACAAUUACUACACUUAUGGAGUUGCUUGCUCCGAGGUGGAGAUCGAUACUCUAACAGGAGAUCAUCAAGUCAUCAGGACGGAUAUUGUCAUGGAUUUAGGUGAAAGCUUGAAUCCAGCUAUAGACAUUGGACAAAUAGAAGGUGCUUUCAUGCAGGGUUAUGGUCUCUUCGUUUUGGAGGAAUUGGUUUACUCUACAAGAGGAGACUUGUUUACCAGGGGACCAGGCACGUACAAAAUACCAGGUUUUACAGACAUACCCGGAGAGCUUAAUGUAUCAUUGCUCAAAGGAGUUUCAAAUCCGCGAGCUGUAUACUCUUCAAAGGCUGUAGGCGAACCUCCUCUGUUUUUGGCUGGAUCAGCACUGUUCGCCAUAAAGGAUGCUAUUAAAGCGGCAAGAGAAGAAAACGGUAUAAAAGAAAGACACUUCAGAUUGGAUGCUCCAGCUACUUCAGCAAAAAUCAGAAUGGCUUGUCAGGAUUCGAUAACAUCGAAGCUAAAAGAACCAGAAUCAGGAACUUUCAAACCAUGGAACGUUGUAGUGUGACGCACCUACUAGUGAUAGUACAAGAUAAUUCAACGUCCUGUGGAAAUACAUCGAAGACAGAGCAAGAUAUAACAGCCUACGUGACUGUGCAUUGGCGCGUCGCAUUUUUUACACAAUAAACGGAAUAGUAGUAGAACUGUAAAACCAACGUAAUUUUUUCAUAACUCAAUAUGUUUUCACAAAACGUUUAUUGAGUGUUAGGCAUGUAUAACGCCAAUAUUUGACAUCACUGGUACACUUACGCUGUUGCAGAAUUUCUCAAGGUCGACUUCGUCAAUGUCGCUGCUCGAUUGUCUUACAAGAUAGGUAACCGCGGCUAAAAAGAAACAGGGGAUUCAAAACAGUGGUUGCUUCUGUGUCAACUUAUAUUCAUACAUAUUUUCUCUAAGUAAAACUCACAGUGGUGUGACGCUCAUUUCACUGCCCUGAAAAAGCAGCAAUUCAAUGAUUCAUAGGUCACAUUACUUAGACCUUACCGUUCUCAGAAUUAGGAUACAGGAUAGGAUGAUUGUUUCCAAACCAAAGAACAUAGAAGUUGAUACAGCAGCUGCACUGAAUAGCAGAAUCAGAUAUGAGAUUUGUAUACUACAAAUCUAGAUUUUUUAUAACCUAUCCGUAAUAUUUUGCAUGUAAUUAGUGUUACAUUCAAAUAAUAAUCUAGUUUUGAUAUUCUGUGCUUUAUUCACGUGAACAUAGACUUCAAAAUAAUAAAUAUAUUCUAUAAUAACUACAUUGAGAAAUGUUUCUGUCUCAACUUAUAUUCAACAACAAAGAAAUUGAUAGGUACAACUGUUUGAGUGGAUAGCAGAAUAACAUGGAUAUGAGGUUUGGUAUACUACAAAUCUUAUAUUUUAUGCGUUGCAUGUAGUCUUUUGUUGAAUUUUAAUAAUACUUCUAUUUUGAUA